AUUUACAGCAUGUAAAUACUAAAUACAAGAAACUGAUGUGGAAAUGCUUUUAAUCCAGACUCCGAGGGGGUUGUACGCAAUGAUUUAGGCUUCCCAUUCGGUAUUUUGUCACUUCGGUGGCGUAAGGAUUUCCCCUAAAAGUCCGGCGUUUUAACUUGUCAUUCAUUUUAGCUUACAGUGAUUUUAAACACAGUGGUGUAAAAGGAAACAACAGAAUGUAUAGUUGCUCCGUGUUAUAUUCGGGGUGAAUUCCAUGUUUUAAUAUUCCAUAACAGCCGAUCCCAGAACCGGACUCUGGCCGUAGUUGCUCGCCGAAACUUCUUAAAAACUCGCCAAACACUUGUUAAAGCUCAGUGUUAUGUCUGUGUGUCUCUGUAUGUCUCGAGAGGUUUUUUUUACGUGAAAGAAUGCUGCAGUUUAAUAAAAUAAGCAUUUUGACGCGAAUAAAACUAUCAAGAACGCUAGCACUGUAUGCUAAGAACGUUAGCAUAUGUUCACUUUUAAAACAGACUCAUAAUAAAAAUGAGUUGGUAGCUCCUUGAAAUUAAAAUGAGUUAUAUUGGUAAAGCUAUUGAAAUAACUUCACUUAGGCUGUUGAUAUUGACAUAACUAUCAUUUAAUUCAGCAGCCACGUGACGUCAUACGUUAGCGUAAUAAUAAUACAUAUUUACAGGUGCCAUUCAAAAGACAAAAUGUCACCUUACAAAUAAAGUAAACCAUCAAUAACAACAAACCAGACACAAACAUCAAAUGUAAUGUCUGGAUUUACAAAGAGUAAGCAGUCUUGAUUAGAUUGGUUGUAAGUCUGGAUAUAAACAGGGAGAGUCUCAGUGUUGCUGAUGUUUGUGGCCCUGUCCACAUGAAAACAGGUUUGGAACUAUUUGUAUUCUUGGUUGGGUAUACAUUUCUAUCAUCUAUGACUUAAUGUAGACAUAGCCAGAAGGAUUCAGAGUUUGGGAGCAGAGGUGGAGAAACCUCUGCUCCCCAUGGUGCUGAAGUGAGAAGAGCUUGCACUGAGGUGCAUAGAAUAGGAGGAUAUGAGGAGGUGGCAACGUGAAUCAGAUCGGACUUUGUUUGCAAACAGAAGAAUUCUGAAUUCCACUCUGAAUAUGUAUAAAGCUGCAGUAGAACUGGUGUGAUGAAAUAAAGAUGUUCCAGUGAUGAUCUGAGCUGUGGAGCAAGCUACAUCUUAGGUAUACAGUUAUGGUGGAGCUCGUAGCUGCCCCUUCACCCCUGGUGCUUCAAGUUUGGAUGCAGCACUAUGGCUUUGCUGGUCUGUGUUGGACAUGUUACUUUUUAAAAACGCUAGUUAUAGUUGCAAGUUAUUCUCAUAUAAUUGUCUCUUUGGUUGGGUUGGAGCACCCCUAUUGGAUAAUGGUAGGGGAAAUGCCACUUUUGAACUAUUUAGAGUUUCUCCAUCUAGUUUUCAGUCUGUGCAUCCUAAACACCUACCCACUUAAUUAAAGGGCUGUUUCAGGCCUUUUUUGGAUUUGAUAGGAACUGUGACUGGUUAAAAGUACCAAAGCUCAGCUUCCUUCUGGCAAACAUUUUCAUUAAUAUAGGCAGAUUUUUUGAAAGAGAUUAUAGAAAAAUAUUCUGUGUUUUUUUUAUUCACUCUUGUUCUCUUAGUUCUCCAUCUGGCCAGUUUUAUUCCUUCAGACUCCAUACAGUGCAUGAUUACAAAUCUUUUUAAAUUAAUAUAGAGUGCUUAUAUAUAUUAUAAUGCUUAUUAGUUGUCUGUGUCAUGUUUAAAAUUUUUUUUUUAGCGCCAAAAAUGUCUAAAAGGAAGGCAAGAAAAAAGCCUGCUGAUGAAGCAACCUUUUACAUUCAAUCUUCAAAGGACAAACCAGGAUUAAUGGAAAGAUUUAUUGAUGAUCACAAAGGAAGGGGUGUGUUUGCUACCCAGCCCAUUGAACAAGGAGAUUUCGUCUUAGAAUACAGGGGUCAACUUCUAUCAGCAGAUAAAUGCCAAACAAGAAAGUACUCUGAAAAGGAGAGUACAUUUCUCUUUGAGUUUGAAUGGCAGAAUCGUCACUGGUGCAUUGAUGCUUCAAUAGAGGAUGGCUCUCUGGGAAGAUUAGUGAACGACAACCACAAGUCUCCAAACUGCAACAUGAAAAAAAUAAUAGUAAAUGAUCAACCCCAUUUGUGCCUGUUUGCCAUCAAAAAAAUAGAAAUAGGAACUGAAAUUGAUUACAACUAUGGUGAUUCUAAAUGGCCAUGGCGUGAAAAAGCUCCUACUGCUGUAGCUGAGCCAGCCAGAACCUCGUGGGACUCUUUCCCUGAUGACAGCAUCACACAGGAUGCCAGCCUACAGCUAUCAAUCAUCAAAGGAGUGUCUCUAGUGGACUACUCAGACAGUGAUGAUGAUUCCCAAAAAGACGUCUCUGCACCUCUACAAAAGCAAAUAAAAAGAACAACAAUAAUGAUGAAUAAAGUUCCAAGUUUUUCUGAUGCUAUCUACAAUUCAAGUAAUGACUGUAUGGAAGGCCCUUCAACCUCAUUCGCAAUGGAUUCACAAAGGCCUAUAAGAGGAACUUACUUCUCUAAACUCUUGACAUGGAUGGUUCUUCACAAGAGAAAGUUGAUAUGCCUGACGGAACUGAGAAUGGCACCAAUUUAUCCUCACAAGAAGAAGAUCCAGAAGCUUCUGAAGAGACACCUUGUAUCCCCACAUCCAGUGGCUUAAGUCAGGAAAACUUGACCAAAAAGAAAGUCACAAAUUCAGAUGGGCUGAUGCCAGAAGUCAACGAAGUGACCUCUUGUACCCCCACCUCUAGCAGCCAAAGUAACGAAAGGUCUGCCAAAAAGAGUGGUAAAGAAAAAGUUGUGAAAAGAAGCUGGACCCCAGAGGAAUGUGCUGCUGUAAAUAAACAUUUAAGGAAGUACAUAUUGACAAAUCAGGUUCCUGGUAAGCUUGACUGUGAGAGAUGCAUUGCUGCAGAACCACAAGCACUGAGUAAAAGAGACUGGAGAGCAGUUAAGUACUUUGUCAAAAACAGAAUAACCACCAUGAGGAGAAAAUAUGAGUGACAGAGCUUCCCUGAACAGAGGUAGAAACACAUGGCUGGUCCUGUUUCACCAGUUCUUUACUAUUUGUUUGUAAUUUUUAUGGACAAAGUUCAAACAAAGUAUAUUUCAGUUUAUUGAUACAUGUUCUGAGGAAGAAAUAUGGGAAAUGUUUAAAUGGCACAUUCAGUGCUAAAAUGUUGAAAUAAAACAUGUGCAGCUCAAAAUAAAGUUCCUUUAUUCAGUGGC